AUGACAGAAACAAAUAGUCAGGGCGGGGAGGCCGAUGUCUCUACAAAACAGCUUAAGGUUGGGAUUCGCUUGCAAGGGGCAGGGAGUACGGCCGCACCAGAGCCGCUCUAUGAAGUCGAUCCUGCGGAGCCCGGGCUACUCUGGUUGGCAGAACCCGAACCGCCUGCUAACGACAGGCCCUAUGUGUGA